CUCAGAGUCAUUCUCACAGUUGAGAUAACAUUCUACAUGUCAUUUCUAAAGGGAGCAAUUUUUUCUGUUUAUUUUUCUCCAACUAGUAUCAAUUUGUACUUUGGGAUUGAAAUUGGGAUUUUUUUUUUUUUUUUUUAGGAAAUAGAUGCCUAUUAGUUUACGUAAUCCAGACUGAAUAAAUACACAGUUAUUUAACAUAAAUCCAGUGUUUCCUAACUUCUAACCCAGAGAGUGAGCACAGACAUUGUUAGCAUCGCAUCUGGGAUCCCAGCACCCUCAGGAUGGAUGGAAAACAGGGGCAGCACGCUGGGGAUACUGAACAAAAUGCAGCUGAGCUGUUACCCAGAAAUCCAUACUGUUCAAAUUGCAGAACACACUGUUGUUGUAGAUCAUCUCCUGUGACCUUCCAGCCGCAAUGGGUUACAGCAAAACCAUGGUCACUCUGGAAAACAUUUCUGGUGUGUCUGCUGGCCUGUCUAAUUGCUACAACCCUCGUUGUUCUGGUCUUAUAUUUUGUUCACUUUGGCAAGCACACCAUGGGUACAACCAUCGUCAUUCACACAGACGGAAAGUCCAGUCAUGUGAUCUGCAACCCUGGUUCUACCGCAACUCCUGCCCCCACGCCUGGUUCUACCUCAUCUCUUGCCCCCACCACUAGUGCUACUACUUCUCCUGCCCCCACCACUAGUACUACUGCUCCUCCUGCCCCCACCACUAGUACUACUGCCCCUCCUGCCCCCACCACUAGUGCUACUACUUCUCCUGCCCCCACCACUAGUGCUACUACUUCUCCUGUCCCCACCACUAGUGCUACUGCUUCUCCUGCCCCCACCCCUGGUUCUACCCCAUCUCCUACCACAUCUCCUGCCACAUCGACCCUGACUGAAUCUCAGAGCACCGCACCACCUGCCACUGUGCCCAAUCAAAGCUCUCCUACCACGGUGCCUCCAUCUGCCAUGCAGCCAGCUGAAACCACCACCCCGGAACACGAAGUUGACAUUGAAGAUGACGAAUGACAUUUUUGAGCCCUCAGCCCUCCUCAAGCCAGGCCAACACUCUUACUCUGAAGGAGGCAUGUCUAAGCUGUUCUGUCUUCUCUGCCAAGAGAUUCCACAGCUUUUGUCUUCAUGAAAUCUUGCCCCUCUUGCUCAAUCAUUUGCUGGAAUUCCCAUAUGGUGAUGACUCAGUCUUGGGACCGCCAAUGUUCAAAUGAUUGGAAAAGAAAAAUUUCACUGAGCCUGGUUGACUCAUCCAGCCAGAGUUUUCUCUUCACCCCUUCUGUACAACCCACCUCGUUUAUCACCCAUGAAGAUUCCAGCUGCUGAAGAGGCCGCCAGGUGGACCUGCUCUACUUCACUCCCUACAUGCUGGGUCUUAAGCCAGUAUUCGCCAUCUGUUAUUGAUUAUUUCCCAGUCUAUUGUCAGCAUUUGUAUCCCAGUAGGGAAAGAAAGAAAUGUCCAAUCAAAGUGGCUAAUGAGCAUGGCAUGGAUUAUUAAGUACCUACUGAUCAUUACAGAAGUGUUCCUCCUAUGGGGAAUGCAGAAAAAAGGGGGUAGGUCAGUAAGGAUAGGAAUAAUCAAGGAAGACUUCAGAGAAAGGCUGAAAGUUGAAAAGGGGUGAACAUUUGGACUUAAGUAGAGAUAAUUUAAACAGAAAAUGAGAGGGCUAAGGGGGUUUAAAAGAUUUAAAAUCAAAAGCACACUUAGAAUGUAACAGGUGAUGUAUUUUCUAUAUUGGCAUCUUUUCACUAAUAUUGUCAAUAUUAUUUUUCAUAUUUAAUAUUCUGCCUAAUCUCUAAACCACUAUAAACUACUACUUAGAAAAUU